UAUAUAGGCUCCGCCUUCUUCUGUAGUUUGAUUGAUGGGCUUCCCGGCACCGGGCAAGGGGGCGUGGCUAAGGCUGUUCCUCUUUCUGCCCUGGAAAGACAGCUGCCUCCUUGCCCAGCCGGACCACCUAAAGUGCAUCACAGACUCGGAAGAGACCACAAAGGGACAUCCAGCCCCAACUUUUGGGUCGUCAUGCCUAGCAGCCCCUCCCUCCCCGCGGAGAUCAGCAACUUCCUUGCAGAUGUUGACACAUUUGUAUCGGAUAUUUUAAAAGGAGAAAAUUUAUCCAAAAGAGCAAAAGAAAAGAAGGAUGCUCUGAUUAAGAAGAUAAAGGACAUCAAGUCCAAUUACCCUCAAGAAUUUUCUGAAAAAGGAGAUUUCGAAGAUGUGGAGGAAAUUGAAGGUCCAAUGCAGCCCGACAAUCUUUCCCUGGCAUCUGACCGUGAUAGAGAGGAUGAUGGUCCCCAUGAUGGACAUCAGUUUCCUCCAAUUGCAGUGCAAGAUCUUCAGGCUGUUUUAAAAUCUGGGUAUCUGGAGAAACGCAAAAAAGACUACAGUUUUCUUGGCUUUGAGUGGCAGAAACGAUGGUGUGCUCUGAGUCGAAAUGUUUUCUACUAUUACGGAAGCGACAAAGACAAACAACAGAAAGGUGAAUUUGCUAUAGAUGGCUACACCGUCAGAAUGAAUAAUACCCUUCGUAAGGAUGGAAAGAAAGAUUGCUGUUUUGAAAUCGCUGCUCCUGAUAAACGCAUUUAUCAGUUUACAGCUGCUACUCCUAAAGAAGCUAAGGAAUGGGUACAGAGCCUCAGGUUUGUCCUGCAAGACAUGGGGUCUGAAGUUAUUCCAGAAGAGGAAUAUGAAGAUCUUGCAGAUGCUGUCAUGCCUCCUCUCCAGAAAAACGAACCAGUGGAUGAUGACAUUUAUGAAGAGCUGCCAGAGGAAGAACUAACAGCAGCGCCCGUCGUACCACCAAAGGAUGAAGAACCAAAGAAACAAAGGCAGGAACCGGCUAGCAAUGUCUUGGGCAAUAAAAAAACCGAUUAUGUUAAUUUCUAUCAAGGUUUGUGGGACUGUACCGGAGAUGUUCCUGAUGAGCUGACAUUCAAACGUGGCGACAUUAUCUACAUUCUCAGCAAGGAGUACAAUAGAUUUGGCUGGUGGGUAGGAGAAAUGAAAGGAACCAUUGGCUUGGUGCCUAAAGCCUACAUAAUGGAGAUGUAUGAUAUCUGAGAGGCCCGGGUAGAGUCCACAAUUUUGAGGAUGACCGGAGUAGAGGCCCAACCAAGAUGCAAGCUAAUCAGUGCCUUUUUUUCAUUAAUAUAUUUUGUUAUACUUUAAGUAUGGUGUCGUACUUUGAUUGUUGCUGUUGCAUUGUUAACUGUUUGCUUUCAUUUUGGCACCAGGGGCUAUAUGAGAAAAUAUUGAGUCCAUUUGCUAUCCUUUUGAUAAAUAGACACAGAAUAUAAAUAACAUAUCUUAGCAAUAGUAGAUGUGGGCCAUCUCCUAUUCUUUUCUAUGUGAGUGACUUUGAAAAUGUUCUCAGGGCAUUAUGCAACUCCUUGGCACUUUAGAUAUGGAUCUCUUCUGUGAAUGUUCUUGCUUCAAUUUUCUCUUAAUGUCAUUUCAUUGUAUAUUCAUUAUGUUUAAAUGGGUUAAAUUAGGUUCAAAAGUCCAGGACGCUGGUAGAAAACUACCGUGACAAUACAAUAGCUGUUUUAAAAAGUAAUUGGAGAGGUUUUAUGUUGCACUCCAUAAUAUCAAACCCUACAUAUUCUUAGAUCACAAGUAGUGUUUCUAAAAGAGGAUGGAAUUGUCCCUUCCAAUCCCAUGUAAAAUCUUAACUGUUUUAUUGGUGCACUUAAAUAUUCUAAAAAGAUUGGGUCCUAUCUGAUCUUGGGUCCUAUCUGAUCUUGGGUCCUAUCUGAUCUGAUCAGUGUUAGCUGUGGAUAGUAUUUGGAUAGGAGACUGCCAAGGAAUCCCAGAUAAUGUAGGCUAUAUUUCAGAGGAAGGAACUGGCAAAACUAGCUCACUUUAAGUCUACAGGUAACUUGCAGGCACAAACAGUCAGACCAUCCGCUUCUUUCACCAUUUCUGAUUCUGUUGCUUCCAUGCAAUUCGGUGUUGCUGUUUUUGACUGCAACUCUUAGCCAACUUCAUAAAGAAACCUAUUGUCAAAAUUCCAAAAUUACCUAGGACUAUUCUUAAAUCAUCUUGGCCCUGAAAACUAUUCAUAUGCAGAACAAGUAAGAGAAGACUUGCUGUAUUUGUUUUUUAGUCCCUUUUUACUGCUUUUGCUCUCUGUAGCCACUCACUUUCAUCAUAACAUUCAUCUUUCAUUUUAUUUAUAUGCCUUUCAUCCAGUCUGGGACUCAAGAUGGAUUACAAAAAGUCAGAAUACAAUAAAAUACAUACAGUAUGCCAUUUUACUUACCUGCACCAAGCUUUUGGAAACUGGUCUUUCUGGAAAUUUCCUAGGUCAACCAGGCAAUUCUGUUGUAUACCUCUCCCAGAAGUUACUAUAAUAUUGUAUUAGAAGAUCUAGCAAAUUCCUAGAGAGGAUAUCUCUCUCGGAAGCUCUGGCCCUUCAGUGCAACUUAAUGGUAUGCUGAGACCAGAAGUGAUGUAGUUUAACCUACAGUUUCAUGUAACUGCACUUUGUAUUCCCUACAGAUAUAGGACAUUGCUGUACAGUUAAAAAUCAUUUCAAAAUCAAGAUUAAAUAACAACAGAAUUAAAACAAGUUUAAAUCUUAUUUUAAAUCAGCUUUUUAAAACAGUACAGCUAUAUAUACAUCAGUUUUAUUAAAAUCAGUUUCCCAAAGCUUGCUGGAAAACAAAGGUCUUAGCUUGUCGCCGAAAUUAACACAAACAUUCAGCAACCUAGGGACUGAUUUAUGCUUAGCUCCUCUAGUCUGUCACUGGUUCCCAUGCUGCUGCUUUGGACUUAUGAGUAUUGAUUCCUUGUACAUAAUUCCAUAUAUGUAUAUAUGGACGGUGUGUAUACAUUCUAUGGAAUUGCUCCCUGCCCAUAGAAAAUUAACAUAUGAGUUGUAGCAUAAAGCAUAAAGUUUUUCUCUGUGUUAGGGAGACUUAUAUUAAUAAGUUGUUACUACAGUUCGUAUCAAUUUGACAGCUUGAAAACUGGAGAGAACUUCUGUACCUUGAAUAGUUAUGUAGGAGAGUGAAUUUGAGUAGCUGCUGCUCGAAAUUUCCUCUUUUUAAAACAAUCAUUAAGUAUAUAAGAGGUCUCCAAUACUCAAUCUGGCAAUCAUAUUUCACAUUGAUUUUAAUGGACCUCAAUACAACUAACGUAAGUUGUACAUAGUCUCAGUGGACCUAGUUCCAAGUAAGCAAUAGACAUGCAUAUGAGUCUAUUAUUCCUCUGAAUUUAUCAUACGAGUGUAAGGAUUUCCAGUCUUCGAGCAAAGAAGCGUUCAGUGCACCUUCCUCAAUGAUGAUCAAAGUGUCAAAGUCCUGGAACAAUUUUAUGAAACCAUUAGCUUUCUCUUUUUGCAUAUACAUCAUGAUGGUACAUUCCAUUUCAGUAACGACUCGAAAUAAUAAAAAAGAAACAAAAAUAUUGGUAGACUUAUUUAAAGUGAGGUCAUUUGAGAGGUGUUUUUUCCUAAAGAUUAAAUCAAUCUGCACUUUUCUGCGUCUGAUCUAAGUCCCAGAGAAACAAUGCUUUUUAUCCAACCAAGGAUUACAUCACUGUGUUAAAUAUAGCAAAUCUGGAUGGGGGUGAAGGAGAUUUUUUUUUUUUGGUUUUAUCCGUGUUGGCCAGUAGAUGGUAGUAGACUUUCACAGCAUAUUGAACUGCUGGGAAACCCAUCCCCCAUUGGCAGUUGCCAUGUUCAGAUGAAUCUUUUAGAAACCUAAAAUAUUUGGAGGGACUCUCUUCCCCUUUUCAUGUAAAUCCAGGAGAGGGAGUCCUUAGCUAACUUAUGAAUGAUGGACCCUCAGACCAUUUUUCCUCCUGAUAGGAUGAUGGAGACAGCUGCAGUUUUAUGGCUUUCAUAACCUUUUUCUCACAUAGUAGAAAUUGAUAUGUUUAGCCUACACACACACACACACACACACACACACACACACACACACACACAUAUAUAUUAAAUAUGAGGAUGUUUCAAAGAUAUGGUAUCCCAACCUUUUAAUCAGAGCUAGCGUUGGAAUAUGCUGGCAAAGCGAAGGGGAUGAAAUGUUUGUUCAAAAAUCUAUAUAAAUACCAUAACCUUUUGGGAGAAAAAGAGAAUAUCCCAUUAAUGUGACUCCAGCAGACCAGAAUAUUGCAAUAUAUGCUAAUUGCCCUGUUCUCGUUGUUUACUUAUAUUUCCUUUGCGUUCCCCAGAAUACAAAGAGCGCUCUUUUUUCUAAGCCAUAUUUUAUGCAGCAUUUUGCUCGAUUAUUUGCUCUGUACUGGAUUUGUAGUAUACUGCCAUUAGAUCUCACACUAAUGUUCCACGCUGCAAAUUUUUAAGGUUCAAAUAAAGUUUAAUUGUUUGCAAA